GUCUGUUCAAAGGCCAAUAUUAUUUACUGUGUCCCACACAUUUGUGCUGCACCAUUUGGAGUUCAUCAAGGAAAUAUGAACUCUGCGACAAUGUAGCCCGAUUAUUUCAAUCUGUUGGGAGUUUCGGCCAUAUUUUUUUGGUGGAAGGAUUUGAAGGAGAUGCGGGGUAUGGCAGGUAGACACCAAACUGGUGUUUUCCUUUGAUAUAUUAGAUGAACAGCGAGGCUCCGCCACUUUAGUAUAUCCCCUUUUUCAUCCAGAAUUUACAACUAAGUACUCUCCCUUUAUAUAUUAGAGAAAAGAUGACUAUAUUCUUCAAAGAGACCUAAGCAGCAGUAUUUUUAAAGAUAUCAAAUGGAAGGAUUUGUUGUACCACUUUGCAUAUUGUCUCUAUUUUCCAUCUUAAUUACCUCCAAUGGUGUAGACACCAUAACUACAACAAAGUCACUUGCAGAUGGCGAGACCAUAGUUUCAUCGGGCGGACUCUUCGAACUGGGUUUUUUCAGCCCGGGAAAUUCCACGAAACGGUACGUGGGAAUAUGGUACAGGGCAUUAUAUUACAAGGAAAUACCAAGAACGGCAGUGGUAUGGGUUGCCAACCGAGAAACACCACUCUUGGACACAUCAGGUGUGCUAAAGCUCACGAGCCGAGGAAUUCUAGUCCUUGUAAAUGGAACUAAUGACACCAUAUGGUCUACUAAAGCUUCGAGAUCAGCACAGGAUCCGGUUGCGCAACUUUUUGAUUUGGGUAAUAUGGUUGUGAGAAACACAAAUGAUGAAGUUAAAGCAGAGAAUUUGUUAUGGCAGAGUUUUGAUUAUCCGGGGAACACGCUUUUACAGGGAAUGAAGCUUGGGAAGAACUUCUUAACUGGUCAAGAAUGGUACAUCUCUUCGUGGAAGAGCGAUGAUGAUCCAGGUGAAGGUGCGUUUACAUUCGUGCUUGAUACGCGUGGAUACCCACAAAUGUUUCUGAGGAAGGGUACUGCUGACUACUUGUAUGGGUCUGGACCAUGGAAUGGUCUCCGCUUUAGCGGGAUUUCAGACUCAAACCUGAUUUUCAGAUUCAACUACGGUUUAAGACUCAAUUAUGAUCACAAUACGGAGGAGGUUCACUACACUUUCGAUGUCCCCAACGCCUCGGUUGCUACGAGGACCAUGUUGAGUAGUGAAGGAUAUGUAGGGCAAUGGACAUGGGUUGAUCAAACCCGCGGUUGGAUCACUAUGGCGAGAGCACCGGAGGCUGGCUGUGACAUGUACGCAUCCUGUGGCUCAUACGGUAUCUGUAACAUUGGUAACACUUCAAUGUGCGGGUGUUUGGAUAAGUUUGUGCCGGUGAACCCAAGAGAGUGGGAACUUGGUGAUUGGUCAAAUGGGUGUGUUAGGAGGACGCCUUUGGGUUGCCACGAGGGUGGAGAAGAUGGGUUUGUCAAGUAUUCAAGGGUCAAAUUGCCCGACACACGGAACUCAUCAUUCGACAUAAGGAUGAGCCUUGAAGAAUGUUGGAGAACGUGCUUGGGAAACUGCACUUGUACCGCUUAUGCAAAUCUGGACAUACGCGAGGAAGGAAGUGGUUGCUUGCUAUGGUUUGGUGACAUGAUUGAUAUUAAAGAAUUCAUCGAAGGAGGCGGGCAAGACAUCUAUGUGAGGAUGGCAUCCUCUGAAUCAGGAUAUGUGAAUCCCACACCCAGAGGUAGAAGUGUGAGGUGGAAAUGGAUCAUCACAACACUUGCAGUUUCCAUAACCCUGCUGACUACAGCCUUCUUUUACUGUAUUUUGAGGAGAAAGUUACAAAAGAAUGCAGGGAAGGACUUGUUGUCAUAUGAUCUUGGGACAAGCAUUGGGGCUGGCAACAGCACACUAACUCAAUCCAGUAAGAGUCUAAAUAGUGGAAAGAAGGAAGUAGAUUUACCAUGGUUCAACUUUGCCAGUGUAUCUGCUGCUACUGAUAGCUUCUCUGAUGCAAAUAAGCUCGGAGAGGGUGGUUUUGGACCUGUUUACAAGGGAAAGUUACAAAGAGGACAUACGGUGGCUGUGAAAAGACUUUCCACAAAAUCUGGACAAGGAUUGGAGGAAUUUCAAAAUGAGGCAAUGCUCAUAGCAAAACUUCAACACAAGAAUCUUGUGAGACUACUGGGCUGUUGUAUUGACAGAGAUGAAAAAAUUUUGAUCUAUGAGUACAUGCCCAACAAAAGCUUGGAUUUCUUCCUUUUCGAUCCGAUCAAGCACGGGAUACUACAUUGGGAGUUGCGCCUUAAAAUUAUCGUAGGAAUUGCUCAAGGGAUUCUCUAUCUUCAUGAGUAUUCAAGGUUACGAAUUAUCCACAGAGAUUUAAAAGCUAGCAACAUUCUCUUGGAUAAAGACAUGAACCCAAAAAUAUCCGAUUUUGGGAUGGCAAGAAUUUUUGGAGGCAACGGAUCACAAGCAACAAAUCGAAUUGUUGGCACUUAUGGCUACAUGUCCCCAGAAUACGCCUCAAGAGGUCUUUUCUCAAUCAAAUCUGAUGUUUUCAGCUUUGGAGUACUGUUGUUGGAGAUUCUAAGUGGCAAACGGAACACAAGCUUCUAUGACAGUCACUCCCUCAAUCUUCUAGGAUAUGCAUGGGACUUGUGGAAGAGUGGCAGGGCACAGGAUUUAAAAGAUCCGAUAUUAGAAGAUAUAUCUUCCACAAAUACACUGCUGAGAUACAUAAAUAUAGGGCUGCUUUGCGUUCAAGAAAGUGCAGCCGAUAGGCCAACCAUGUCUGAUGUUGUAUCAAUGCUCAGUAACGAAGCUUCCUUUCUCCCAUCUCCAAAGCAACCUGCAUUUUCAUUUAGUAUGAGCGUCCUAGAUCAAUCUCCACACAAACACCCCGAAAUAUGUUCAGAGAAUGAUAUGACAAUGUCAAUUUUGGAUGCACGAUGACGGGUCAUAACUACAAUGUUAUUUCUUAAGAGGAAGGUCGUAAUUCUUAAGUUCGUGUCUCCUUUUGUAAGCUUGUUGUCCUUGGAAAUCCACCGGAGAGUCUGGUUUUCAUGUAAAACUUUCCCUCCUUGGAACUAGUUUGUGCCAUGUUGUGUAAUUAUUGUGGUGGUGUUUCUGAUGUAUAGUUGUGGUUCUUCUUGGGGUUGUGCUUGCCAUUGUGGUUGAGGAACUGUCACGGGGGUUGACGUUGUUGUGUGUGCAAUGCCUCUCGACGGAAAAAGAAAA